ACUCAGUACUGUCACUAGUCAGAACAACAGAUGGCUUGAUCAGUGACUGACCAAGCCAUCUGUUGUUCUGACUAGUGUAUGGUAUGCUGUUCAGUCCGUUCGUUUUGCGAACUCCAAACUGGCCCCCAACCCCAACAUGACUGUCUGGACAUCCAGGCCAGUUCUGCGGACAGAGGUUGUAUGACCGAUACAGGCAUGUCAUCCACAAAACGUAACACGGACCCGCGUAGAUCUACCCACCCGUACCCGGACCCGGCCAGGGCCACCCUCACGCACUGCUGUUGCUGCUGCGGUAGAUCUACGCGGUAGCUAGCUCACCUCGGCGAAACGGGCACCAUUUCCACACUGGAGCUUCGUGGUGAAAUAUUUUCACUGCAGCGCUAGCUGUAGUUUCUUCAGUUUUUCAUGCUACCGCCAGUACAGGCAGCCUGUAGACGAGUUGUUGUAGGCAGCGAGGUGGUGUUACAGUUAGUUUAGCCGUCUGCUGCUUCGUGUCAAAGUUUGUUUGGGUGCAGGCUGUGUAAGAAUCUGUUUGUUGGCCAAAGGGUUUCAUCGAAGUUUCCUUGUGGCUCGGAGGCUCCAUUCGACUGCUCCAUACCGUCACGACGUAGAGAACCGGUACAGCCUAUCCGCCCACGACGUUCAAAGUCGUGUCCAGGAUUCAAGCAAACCGUGACUCCUGGCUGCAGGAGCGCUCGCCACUGGACGUUCAUCGUCCCCGUUUGUCAUGGUGUUCCAGUGAUUCUGGAUGGUGACUGACGUCCGUGACUUUUUUUGUUGUCGCAGUCAUGGCUACAGCAGAGAACUACGCGGUCAACUCAUGGCCAUGGUCAAGCCAGAUGUUCCGCAAGUGGAUCCCACACCUCCAAGCAGCACUCAGCUGCGAUGCAAUUCGUGUCGAAUGCUGUGCCAAGCGGUUGAUCUCCGAUGCGUAGAAGAAGGAAUUGAUGGCGAUAAAGAAUUCUGCCAAACACAAUGACCGACUGCUAGAUAUGCUGAGCAGGGGUACAGCUGAGACUUUCCACACUUUCUGUACUAUUGUGCGUAGCACCGAACCUAAAGCAAACUUUUCAAAGUUCCUAGAUGACAUGCAGUCAGUGGAUACCUUUGUUGGAGGCAAUGAAGGUGCAGCAAAUAAAGUAACUCGACGUCAACCAGCCCGGUUCACCGGGAACCCACCACCAACACCUAGCCAAGCAACUCGGUCUCCGCCAGCCAUAGCACCCAAACCAAAGUCUGUUGUUAAACCCCAGGCCACUCACGCAUCUCCCGCCAAGCCCACCGGCGUCUCUGCAAUGAUAGCGGCCUUGAAUUCAGCCGGUCAGGAAGGGAAAUCGGCUGAAAGUCUACCUUUGAAAACCAGUCGAGCCCCCAAGCCUCCUACUCGCCCAAAGCCCGUCACUCCCCACAACACAGCAAGAACAGUGGAAACUAAGGAUCCCACUACAGGUCACAGAGUGCAGCCGGUAGUGACUUCUGAUCCUGUGUCUCCUUCACGACCACCGCUCUGUGACCACGCACGACUAGCGGCUGGCGGUAACCAACCAGAUGGCACUGAGGCGGCGACAUCUGCCCCAGCUGAUCCCAAGCCCUCUCCGAAACCUGGACAAGCUGCUCCGUCCAGGUCUGCUAGUGUCUCCACACUAGCAUCUAGUUUUGAAUCGAAUAGGUACGAAACAGUCAGACCGGCCCUAAAUCAAGACCCAAAGCCAAAACAUCGCCAAAUGUCCAUAGCCGGUGCCAGGGCAGCUACCUUGGCCAGGAGCCCAGCAAUAGCUGGUGGCAAACACCCAGGCGGACAUGCUGUGCAGCAAGUCCAGCGGUCAGUGCUGCCAACAGAGAGCUUAACUGCCAAGCCCAUUGCUCGAUCUCUGACUGGACGCGAGCCGGUUACCAAGAAGGCAACAGGAGAUUCAGCAACGCCUCCCCAGCCAAACUCUCUGAGCCAAGCGGGCAACACAGGGCCAUGGUCAAGUCGAGUGUUCCGCAAGUGGAUCCCACGCCUCAAAACAGCGCUCAGCUGUGGCACGAUCCGCACGGAAUGCCUUGCCGAAGGGCUGCUCACCGAUACGCAGAAGAAGGAAUUGAUGGGAGUAGAAGAUGAUUCUGCCAAACACAAUGACCGACUGCUAGAUAUGCUGAGCAGGGGUACAGCUGAGACUUUCCACACUUUCUGUACUAUUGUGCGUAGCACCGAACCUAAAGCAAACUUUUCAAAGUUCCUAGAUGACAUGCAGUCAGUGGAUACCUUUGUUGGAGGCAAUGAAGGUGCAGCAAAUAAAGUAACUCGACGUCAACCAGCCCGGUUCACCGGGAACCCACCACCAACACCUAGCCAAGCAACUCGGUCUCCGCCAGCCAUAGCACCCAAACCAAAGUCUGUUGUUAAACCCCAGGCCACUCACGCAUCUCCCGCCAAGCCCACCGGCGUCUCUGCAAUGAUAGCGGCCUUGAAUUCAGCCGGUCAGGAAGGGAAAUCGGCUGAAAGUCUACCUUUGAAAACCAGUCGAGCCCCCCAGCCUCCUACUCGCCCAAAGCCCGUCACUCCCCACAACACAGCAAGAACAGUGGAAACUAAGGAUCCCACUACAGGUCACAGAGUGCAGCCGGUAGUGACUUCUGAUCCUGUGUCUCCUUCACGACCACCGCUCUGUGACCACGCACGACUAGCGGCUGGCGGUAACCAACCAGAUGGCACUGAGGCGGCGACAUCUGCCCCAGCUGAUCCCAAGCCCUCUCCGAAACCUGGACAAGCUGCUUCGUCCAGGUCUGCUAGUGUCUCCACACUAGCAUCUAGUUUUGAAUCGAAUAGGUACGAAACAGUCAGACCGGCCCUAAAUCAAGACCCAAAGCCAAAACAUCGCCAAAUGUCCAUAGCCGGUGCCAGGGCAGCUACCUUGGCCAGGAGCCAAGCAAUAGCUGGUGGCAAACACCCAGGCGGACAUGCUGUGCAGCAAGUCCAGCGGUCAGUGCUGCCAACAGAGAGCUUAACUGCCAAGCCCAUUGCUCGAUCUCUGACUGGACGCGAGCCGGUUACCAAGAAGGCAACAGGAGAUUCAGCAACGCCUCCCCAGCCAAACUCUCUGAGCCAAGCGGGCAACACAGGGCCAUGGUCAAGUCGAGUGUUCCGCAAGUGGAUCCCACGCCUCAAAACAGCGCUCAGCUGUGGCACGAUCCGCACGGAAUGCCUUGCCGAAGGGCUGCUCACCGAUACGCAGAAGAAGGAAUUGAUGGGAGUAGAAGAUGAUUCUGCCAAACACAAUGACCGACUGCUAGAUAUGCUGAGCAGGGGUACAGCUGAGACUUUCCACACUUUCUGUAGUAUAGUGCGUAGAACCGAACCUGAAGCAAACUUUUCAAAGUUCCUAGAUGACAUGCAGUCAGUGGAUACCUAUGUUGGAGUUUCUCCGGAAUGCCAAAAAGACUGUAAUAAAGUGGUAGACCUGAUGAAAGAGUUCUCAGCACCGGAACGUCAACGGGUGGUCCACACUGCCGAGGAUGUGGCACGAAUGCGCACGUCACAGACCGUCCUUGACAAGAGAAAGAAACCCAUCCACGUACCACAGCCAACCUCGCCUAAGAGCGUAGACCUGCUGAGGAUGCAGAACAUGGGAGAAGAACAACGGCAAGCGACAUUCACUGAAAUCGACCACUUGGUGUCCUACACUAUCAUCAUUGAUGACACGGAGGACAGUGCAGAUGAGGCAGAGAAGUACCAGGGUCAUGUGACACGUGCGGACGGCCAAGUUGAAAAAUCGCCAGCUGAUAUACAUAGAGAGUUGAGUAAGCACCCUUGUUUCAUCAGCAUGGGCACUGGAUCUGCAAGGGACGAGCGCAGCAUUUCAGAGACCAAGCAGUACUUGAAGGAUACUGGCUUCAUCGACGAGAACACGUUCAUCACAGAAAUCACUGAAUAUGAACUAGUUCCUGUGACUAGGCUGGCCAUUCGUGACAGCAAACGACUGAAGUUUAAAGAUCAGAGGUCGUCUAUAGUGAAGUUCAUCAUCGACUGUGAAUAUAAUCACACGGCCCCGAGUUUCGUUAAAAGUGUCGUGCGUAAUCUCUGUAAUCUCCUUGGUGAUGAGAGUAUCCACGCCGACAGUGUACACGGCGAGAGCGGAGGCACAGCAGUGUUUGUACAGAUGUCUGCAAAGGCUCAUGCAAGGCUCUGGGAGUUCUGUAAGGAUCAAUCUAGCCUGCUCGCUGGUCUGCACAUUCUCGAAGUGUCAACUGUGGACGGAGCAGUUGUCUUCAAUUUCCGUCCCACGGCAUGCAGUGGCGAAGGUAUUACUCCUGAUGACCAGAAACGCUUGGUUGAAGAGUUCUCCGGGAGAUUUCCAUCCUUGGACCGAGGUGAGCUGUCUUUUGCUGUGGCUGAUCAACCGGAUGUUGAGCAUGCAGUGAUUGCAGCGACUAAGCUCGUCUUCGAUGAAGGCGGAGCAUGCUUGAAUGCACUGCCUGAGAUUCUUGGUGGUGUGGCGGCAAGAAAGGCAACUUCGACCUCUGUUAACGUUGAUCAUCCUGAAGAGGCCAUUUCAAUCCAUGUCUCUGCCAAUUCUGACCACGCAGCAGAAAUCCAGGGAGCUGACAAUGAGCUGUCUCUCCGGCCGCAACUUAAGUCCCAGUGGUCUUUUCGUGGCAGUCUACCUGAUAGCUGGCACCGUUACCAUCGUUGUACCAUGUACAAUGGGCAUGCUUACAUUGUGUGCCAGGAAGAGGAGGAAAGAGCAAUGAUCUACCGGUCUACUCAUUCUCUCAAGGAAAGUCUUCAGGUUGCAUGGACAAGAGUAAUCGCCAAUGACAUCCCAAACCUUUGGUUAUGCAAUCACUUUUGCAUUCACAAUGAAAAAAUGUACUUUGCAAGUAUCAGUGAUAGGUAUAUCCCCAAGAUCCAUGUUGUAGAUCUACAGGGAAACUGUUGUACUAGAGAAAUACAAUGUGAUUGUAUCCCAGCACAAGAUACGAGUAUGGAUACAUCUGUCGAACCUUUUGUGUAUGUAUUUAUAACCCAGGCAGCGCUUCUAAUAGUAUGCUUCUGGCGCAAUCAUUUCUUAGAAGUUAUUUCAUUAGAUACCAGACAUGAUGGAGCAGUAUGGGCAAAAUUGGACCCGCUCAGCAUGCCGGAGCCGCCGGUCAGCAUCUGCAGCACUGACGAUACUCUGUUUGUGAUACCAAGGAGCGACCGCAAUGAUACGCAUUGGUCAAUCAUGAAGUUGGAUGUAAGUGAGGAAAGUCUGCGAAUGCCAUCAUGGCUCGAGUUUAAAGUGGACGUGCCUAAGACUCUUGAUGUAGAUCUAUUCCAUAAGUGUGUUGUACCAGCUGCUGUGGGUAACACUAUACUGUUACCCAUGUACUGUGAUCAUGAUGAUGAUGAUGAUGAUGAUGUUGAUGAUGAUGAAUUAGUGAUUAGUGUUGAUUGUAGUACGUGUAUAGGCCGGCGUUCUGUCUUGCCGUCGCCAUCACGUACAUCCUUUACAUUGCAGUUGAUGGUGGAUGGCGAUACGCUUAUUGCACUCGAUUUUGAUCACUCAGUGUCUACUCUUCAGCUACCUGAACAUUUGUAAACACCAGUGAUCCAUCGGCUUCUACAUGCAUGUAUGCCAAGGCGGUGUACAAUGUAGAUAUUCUGCUGCGGCUAGGUCAUGUGAUGGACAACUGGUGCACACUGUGUGUGUUUUUGUGAUCCUGUGUUUUUACGUUUGCACAUGCAUACCCUGUUCUGCUGGGGACCCAUAUGCAUGAUGUGUUUGGUGUCCAGUUCUUUCAGGCCAUCAUUCUACAUAGGCACUGUCCUGAAAUGCUUAUUGUCUAUGUACAUAUUAUACAUUAGGUUGGAGGCAUAUUAUAAUUAUAUAGAUAUUAUGUAUAUAGAAUGCUGUCCAUGGAUCGGAUAUGAUGUAUUAUAUAUACAUAGAAUAUUAGUCUCUAAAACUCAACAGCUCUCUACACAUACAUACUCAUUAUAACUGUGUACAUAGUAGUCUUUUUUUGUCAGUGAUUGACAAAACCCCAUAGGUUGAAUUGGUCACCAGCCACAUUACUUACUUCCUAGAAAUUGAAGAACUGA